AUGUCAAAUGUUCUCUCCCUCCUAGGCUGGGCAUUCUUGCCCAACCUAGUCACCGGCUGGGUACAAGCAAUCUACUACGGCCUGGCCAUCCGCGCAGGCGAUCCCAAGCCGCAGCCCGGCACCGCAAAAUACGCAACCCACCGCCGCCGAAUUCACAUUCUCGUGGUCUCCUUCUACCUCCUCUACACCCUGAUCGAGGCCGACCGCACCCUCCGCCUACAAGGCACCUUCUACACCGACCUCGAUGUCGCCGCCAGCGCCCCCGUCCGCAUCAUCAAAUCCCGCUUCCGCCGGCUCGCGGCCGUCUACCACCCGGACAAGGUGGGCAGCAGCGGCGCCGACACGGGCGCCGCCGCCGCGCGCUUCAUGCACCUCAAGACCGCCUCCGAGACCCUCUCCGACCCGGCGCGCCGCUUCGCCUACGAGCGCUUCGGUCCCGAGGUCGGCGCCUGGCAGGGCUGCAAGACGAUUCACGACUUUGUCGCACGCGGCAUCAUGCAGGGAACGAUUCCCUACUACGGCCUCGCUGCGGCUGCGACCUACGGCUUGAGUCUGCUGGGGUACCUCGACUGGGGACGAUACUGGCGAUGGAUCAUUCUCCUCACCUUCCUCGUCGCGGAGCUCAUCGUCGUCACGCGGCCCGAGAUGCCACCCUUCCUAGCCAUCGUCAACACGGUGCUGAGUACCGCCUUGCGCCGCCCACCAUAUCUCCAGUUCCAGCUAGUCUCGCUCGCGCGUCAGGCGGCGGUAACGAUCUACAUCGCCUUUGGCCAGCUCGGUCCCCUGUUGAAUCCCCAGGGCCAGGCGGCGCAGAAAGCGGCCGAGAGCUCAGCGGCCGCGGUCGACGAGGGCCUGCAGCGGCUCGAGAUGAUUGCCCGCGGUCUGGACGGCGAGACGAGCAGGUUGUUGGAGAUGGAGAUGACGCCCUUUAUCGGCGACAAGGAGGCCCUCAGCAGCGUGCGUGCCAAGGUCAAAGAUUGGCUGGUUCAGAACACCAUCAGAGCGGACCCGAUGGUCAGGGACGCGAUCGGCAAGCAGUUCCAGAAACGCAGGGUCGACGCUCCGGCUCGUGCGAAGGGUAACAGAUAG